AUGCGACACGACUCGAACCGACUCGCGCGCGACUUCCAAGACUUACAAACGGAUUACGCCCGUCUCUAUGGUAUCGAAAGUGCCGACCAGACCCGCAGGCAACUAUGGAUACUCAAAUCCUACCACGCGAUAACAUCUCAGCUCUAUGCGCGAGACUUUCUUCCACACGCCUGUUUUGAGUGGGAAGACUGGAUGGAACGUAGCCGUAUCGAGCUUCGGGAGGGGAUGAUAUCACGACGUAAGCUCUGGGACGCAAUGGUGGCAUGCUACGAGAGACUCAGCAACAAGUACGGUUUUUGGAAGACCAUCGCCGCUACACCAGAGCUGUUGGAGCGCGUGGAGGAAGGGACAUCGUUAUGGAGGCUUGUGUUUCGUGUACCUGUCCACGCCGAUAGCUACGACGUCGAAAUCUGGGAGCCGAAGACACCGUUAACUGUCCAGAAGCCACUGAACCCUCCACCGCCCAACCGGUGGGAUAGCCAGUACGAUGAAGCGUGGAGAGCUCGACACGGAGGUUUGAUGAGGCUCUUGAGGAUCGAAGAAACGGAAGCCAACAGGGACUCUUCGGUGGAGACGUUGAGUCAGACUGCGGACGGCGAUGUCAACGAUCCCGAGGGAUGGGAAUUGCUGGAGCACUGGGACAUUGAGGCGAUAUGA